AUGUCAGUUUUAAAGUCGGGUAAAUAUGGAACAAGUAAAGUCACAUCUAAAUACUUGGAAUUCAAAAAAUCACUUAUGAGAUUUGUUCAACAGAAGAAUCAUAAGGCAGAAAAUCCUUAUGUUUUCGAUUUUUCAAAGAAGCAAUGUUUUGAUUCAAAGGUAAGCGUAUGGCUUAGUCCAUGUGAGUGCUUAUGGCGUGAAAAGUCGUUAAAUCAGCUUGAUUUUUUGCAAAAUUCAGGCCAGAUGUUCUUCUGUCAUGUAGAUCCAUUGUGA